AUGGCUACUGAGACAAACAGUAAGAGUCAGGAGGUUCAAGUGGCAAGGUUACUCAAUUUAUUGGGACCAGAUGGCUUAAAGUUGUACAACACAUUUAAGAUUGAUGUUGUGACUGUAGAAAAUAUUUUCAAGUCGUUGGAAGAAUACUGUGUCCCAAGGAAAAAUGAAGUGAUGGAGCACUACAAAUUCUUUACUCGUAAACAGGCCGAAGGUGAACCAUUUGACAAAUUCUACGCAGAUUUGCGCGAAUUAAUUAAGUCAUGUUCGUUUGGUGAGUCAGAAGAAGCACUAUUGCGUACACAAGUAGUUCUGGGAAUAAGUGAUAAAGAUUUGCAGUCUAAACUAUUACGAGAAGACUUACCGUUGUUAAAAGUCAUUAAAUAUUGCCAAGUAGUAGAACAAGCUGAAGAAAAUUGUCGACUAGUACAAAAAGAAAAUUUAACUGUGGAUCAAGUGGAGAAAAGCAAAAACUGGCGUUUCAAAUCUAAGGAGGCAAGUAAAUCAAAUCAUCAACAAAAUGCAACUAAGAAAUAUGAAAAGGGAAAAUACAGCGAAUCAAAUCAAGGCAAGUCUAACAGUGCUGAUUACAAAGAUCAAGGUGUGGGUAAGAAUAACCAAAAAAUAUUUAAUUGUUUUAAAUGUGGUAAUCAACAUGCUAUAAACAAAUGUCCUGCAUUUGGGAAAAAUUGUAAAGCAUGUGGUAAACUAAAUCAUUUUGCUGUAAAGUGUAAAUCUAAAGAAAAAUAUAAUAAUUAUCAAGUGAAUGAAGUACAUCAAAAUGAUGAAAAGGAAGUAACAUAUUUAUCAUUAAACACAGUUGAGACUGAGAAAUGUAAAAAUUGGACUGAUAUAGUGGAUAUAAAUAAUAUUAAGAUGGUGAUUAAAAUAGAUACUGGAGCACAAUUAAAUGUAAUGCCAUUAAAUGAGUUUAAAAAAUUAAAUACUAAAUUGGAAAAGAGUAAAGUGAUAAUUAAGGCGUUCGGAGGUUUCCAAAUUAAGUCAUUAGGUAAGAUUAAAGUCUGUAUUAGUAACAUUAAAAAUAAAAUAUUAACAUACUUUGAGGUGGUAGAGUAUGAUGAGUUAACAAUUCUUGGGUUAAAUGAUAGUAUGAGACUAAGUUAUAACAUGAAUGAAAUAAAUGAAAUUGUCAAAGGAGAUAACGAGAAAGAUAUUUUUGUGCAAGAAAAUAUUGAUAUUUUUACAGGUCUUGGUAAAUUUCCAGAAAAAAUAAAUAUUAAACUAAAGAAUAAUGCAGUUCCUAUAUCUGUUCUGCCUAGAAGAGUUCCUUAUAAAAUCAUAAAUAAUUUAAAAGAAGCUUUAGAUAAUAUGGCUAAACAACAAGUAAUAAUAAAAUGUAAUAAACCGAGUGAGUGGCAAAGCCCGAUAAUAGUUGUUGAAAAACCUGAUAAAAGUCUAAGAAUUUGUUUAGACCCUAGAGAGAUCAAUAAAAGCAUUGUAAGAGAAAUGUAUCAAAUACCCACAUUAGAACAAAUCAAAUUAAAAUUAUCAAAUAAAAAUAUUUUCACAGUAUUAGAUCUUAAAGACGGAUUUUAUCAUUCUCCAGAAAAAUUUCAAGAAAUUACUACUAAAUACUUUGGUAAUAUAGAAAAUGUAAAUGUUUACUUUGACGACAUACUGAUAGCUGGAGAAACACUAGAGGAGCAUGACAGAGCAUUAAAUGAAGUAAUUAAAAGAGCUAAACAAUUUAACAUUAAGUUUAAUCCUAAAAAAAUACAGUACAAGGUUUCUAAAGUUAAAUUUUUGGGAUUUAUAUUUAGUGCUGAAGGUGUUCAACCAGAUAGUGAAAGAAUAAGAGUUAUUAGAGAAUUGAAUGAACCGUCAAAUAAAAAAGAAUUACAAUCUUUUUUAGACUCUUAUUAA